UGGAAGAAGUGGGGACAGAAUGUCCGGCCGCGGGAAGCAGGGCGGGAAGGCGCGGGCCAAGGCCAAGUCGCGCUCGUCGCGGGCCGGGCUGCAGUUCCCGGUGGGCCGCGUCCACCGGUUGCUCCGCAAAGGCAACUACGCGGAGCGGGUGGGCGCCGGCGCCCCGGUGUACCUGGCGGCCGUGCUGGAGUACCUGACGGCCGAGAUCCUGGAGCUGGCGGGCAACGCGGCCCGCGACAACAAGAAGACGCGCAUCAUCCCCCGCCACCUGCAGCUGGCCAUCCGCAACGACGAGGAGCUCAACAAGCUGCUGGGCAAGGUGACCAUCGCGCAGGGCGGGGUGCUGCCCAACAUCCAGGCCGUGCUGCUGCCCAAGAAGACCGACAGCCACAAGGCGAAGAGCAAGUGAAACAACGGUUCCCACCUCAAAAGUAACUCAAAGGCUCUUUUUAGAGCCACCUACUUUCUCAUAAAAGGAGCUGUAGAUCCUAGAAAACAACACCCAGCUAUCAUUAGGAAGCACACCAGGAGAUCUGUGUUUGGUGAUAAAAAAGUGCACAUAGCAUAGGACAUUAAGGUGCAAAAACUUUAAACCACCAUUACAAAGUAUCUAGGGUAAUUGCUGGU